AUGGGAACAACCUCCGUGCGCCGCAACCUCUUCCAAAACCACCUCAGCAGGCGCCCAGUCUCCACGUCCGGUCCAAGUAGCGGGCCUUCGGGUCUUUCCUCCCAGGUGGCACAGCCGAAUGCCCCUGAAUCCAAUUCUUCCCUGGCUGUCGGCUCUAUGGAUGAUAAUGAGAUUGUGGUAAAGGACAAAAAUGGAAGCUACAAGCUAGAAAUUCCUGUGUUGCCGCCUAUCAUGGGUGACGACGGGGACGACAUGGAAGGCAUUGAGGCGGGAGGAGGCCCUGGUGGAAACCCCACAGGCGCCACAGCGGCUAGUUCUACAGGACAAGGUGAGAUGAAUGGCGGAGAGAAAUGCAAGAUUGAAGCGGGCCUGGUAGAAAUGAUGUACCGAAAUCGAAACAGACAAAUGAGCAGCGAACCGCAUGAAAUUCUAAAUCUCGUUCACCAGAGUCUCGCAAACAGAGUGGCUACAUUGGAGGAGGACAAUUGGAUGUACGAAGCUGAAACUAAUAGCCGUGCAUAG